AUGAAGUUAUCCACGGAGACGGUUAAUAAAUUGCAGCUGGAUGCAUCUAAUAUUAGAAAUAUCUGUAUCUUGGCGCAUGUCGAUCAUGGUAAAACCUCUUUAAGUGAUUCGCUUCUUGCUACUAAUGGGAUUAUCUCGCAGAGAAUGGCAGGAAAGGUUAGAUAUUUGGACUCUCGAGAAGAUGAGCAAUUGAGAGGUAUAACAAUGGAAGCAUCUGCUAUAUCGCUAUAUUUCAAGGUUAUGCGUCGUAAAGAAUCCAAGGAAGGACAAGCAGAACCAGAAACCGAAAUCAAAGAGCAUUUGAUCAAUUUGAUCGAUUCGCCAGGUCAUAUUGACUUUUCUUCGGAAGUCUCUACUGCAUCGAGACUAUGUGAUGGUGCUGUUGUCUUAGUAGAUGUUGUUGAAGGUGUCUGUUCUCAAACAAUUAACGUUUUGAGACAAUGUUGGAUUGACUCUUUGAAGCCAAUUUUGGUUUUAAAUAAAAUUGAUAGAUUAGUAACUGAGUGGAAAUUGACCCCAUUGGAAGCCUAUCAGCAUUUAUCAAGAGUUAUAGAACAAGUUAAUUCUGUUAUUGGUUCAUUUUACGCAGGAGAAAGGAUGGAGGACGAUAUGAUUUGGAGAGAAAAAGGUGAGAUUGGUGAGUUUAUUGAAAAAGACGAUGAAGACAUCUAUUUUUCUCCUGAGAAAAAUAAUGUUAUAUUCUCAUCGGCUGUUGAUGGUUGGGCCUUUUCUAUUAAUACCUUUGCAAAGAUCUAUCUGGCGAAAUUGGGAUUUUCACACAAUGUUUUAUCAAAAACCUUAUGGGGUGAUUUUUACCUUGAUAUGAAAAACAAGAAAAUCAUUCCUGGUAAAAAACUUAAAACAACCAACAACUCAGCGAAGCCUUUAUUUGUUUCCUUAAUUUUAGAACAAAUAUGGUCUAUUUAUGAACAUUGUAUCAUGGAGAGAAAUCAAGAGAAGCUUGAAAAAAUAAUAGAAAAAUUAGGAACUCAAGUGAAUCCAAGAGAUUUACGUUCAAAAGAAUACAAGAAGUUGUUGAACUUGAUUAUGUCGCAAUGGAUUCCAGUAAGUCAUGCAUUAUUGGGCGCUGUUAUAGAAUCCAUUCCAAGUCCAAUUAUUGCACAACAGAAAAGAAUAGGCAAGUUAUUAGAUGAAUGUAUUUAUGAUGCCGUUGAUGAUACCAAAGAGAAAUCGAGUUUACUUGAUCCCGCAUUCGAGCAGGCUAUGCUUAAUUGUGAUUCUUCUGAUCCAGAAAACCACACCAUGGCCUACGUUUCCAAAAUGAUUUCAAUUCCCGAGGAAGAUUUACCGAAAGAUGUUGCUGCAGGUGCUGUUUUGACUGCAGAAGAAAUCAUGGAAAGGGGACGAAAGGCAAGAGAAUUAGCUAAAAAGGCUUCAGAAGCAGCUGCUGUUUUGCAAGAUAGUAGAACACAGGAUGAGUUUAGUUUGCCCCAACAAGCUAAAGACCCGUUCGAAUGGGAAUUUGAAGAAGAUGAUUUUGAAGAGGAAGAGACUGAUGAAGAUGAUAACCUAACCACUCCAGAAACCCUCAUAGCAUUUACUCGUAUUUAUUCGGGGUCAUUAAUUAAAGGUCAAACUAUUACUGUUGUUGGUCCAAAAUACGAUCCUUCCAUACCCAACGACCACGAAAAUAACAAAGAUCAAAUUUCACAUAACAUUGAAAUCAAGGAUUUAUUUUUGAUCAUGGGUAAGGAAUUUGUUAAAAUGGAUAAGGUUCCUGCCGGUAAUAUUGUUGGUGUUGUUGGUCUUGAUUCAAUUGUGUUAAAAAAUGCAACAUUAUGUUCAGAAAUUAAGGAUAAACCUUAUGUGAAUUUAGCUUCUUCUUCGACAUUGAUACAUAAUAAGCCUAUUAUGAAGGUCGCAGUUGAGCCUACUAAUCCAAGUAGAUUAGGUAAAUUAGAAAGGGGACUUGAUAUGCUUUCUAAGGCAGACCCUAUAUUGGAAUGGUAUGUCGACGAUGACUCUGGUGAAAUUAUUAUAUGUGUUGCUGGUGAACUUCACUUAGAAAGAAGCUUGAAGGAUUUAGAGGAAAGGUUCGCUAAAGGUUGUGAAGUCAGUGUGAAGGAACCAGUUAUUCCUUUCAGAGAAGGACUCGCAAUUCACCAACCGGAUAAUCGUGAUGAAGAUGAAGACGAAGAAAUUGUAUUGGAAGGUGUAGAUUUAGAUUUUGAUAUCUUCCCAUUACCGAUAGAAGUAACUAAGUUUUUAAUUAAUAACGAAGCUGAAAUCGCCAAUAUGGUAAAUGUCAGCCGGAAAACAGCUUCAUCAUCGGACAGUUCGUUGCAAUUUAAGGAAAGGCUUAUAACAUGUUUUGAAGAAAGUGAUGAUGUUGACCGCAUCAAGCAGGAGACUGGCUUCAGACUGCUUGCAGAUCUUGUUGAUAGUAUCGUUUCGUUGGGACCAAAGAGAGUGGGCCCCAACGUACUCAUUGAGAGUAAAUCCAAUAAUAACCAAAUGAGACGCUUGUUCAACAAAAGUACUGAAAGUACUAAAUUUGAAUUCGAAAACAACGUAUUAAAUGGGUUCCAGCUUGCGAUGAACGAAGGGCCUUUGGCAUCUGAAUCCAUGCAAGGGGUUUUAGUGGUCCUUCGCAAGAGUGAAACAUCGCAAGAUGUUGAUAUAGAUGAAUCUAAAGUUUCUAAUCUCCCAGGAAGAGUCAUCACAUUUACUCGUGAUUUGAUCCAUCAAUCUUUCUUGCUGAAAGCUCCUCGUUUGUUUUUGGCUAUGUACACAUGUGAUAUUCAGGCCUCAGCUGAAGUUUUGGGUAAGGUGUAUGCCGUUGUCCAAAAAAGAGGUGGUGCUAUCAUAUCAGAAGAAAUGAAGGAGGGUACUCCAUUUUUCACCAUUGAAGCACGUAUUCCUGUGGUCGAAGCAUUUGGUUUCUCCGAAGAUAUCAGAAAGAAGACAUCGGGUGCUGCUAGUCCACAAUUAGUUUUCGACGGUUUCGAUAUGUUAGAUAUCGAUCCAUUUUGGAUUCCACAUACAGAAGAAGAACUUGAAGAACUUGGUGAAUUCGCUGAAAGAGAAAACGUUGCAAGAAGAUAUAUGAAUACAAUUAGAAGACGUAAGGGUUUAUUCGUUGAUGAAAAGGUCGUCAAGAAUGCAGAGAAACAAAGAACUUUGAAGAAGGAUUAG